AUGGGGAAGAAGACACCGAUGAAGAAGAGCCUGGCCGACAAGGUCCGCAAAACCAAGACCUCCACUGAGAUCAAGAACAACCCCUUUGAGGUGAAGAUCAACAGGAAGAAGUUUGAUAUUCUGGGGAGGAAGAGCAAGCAUGAUGUGGGUCUCCCUGGUGUGUCUCGAUCCAAAGCCAUUAAUAAGAGAAAAGAAACCCUCCUGAAGGAAUACAAACAGAAGGGCAAGUCCAGCAAAUUCGUUGACAGACGCUUUGGGGAGUACGACACCAAGAUGGCACCAGAAGACAAAAUCCUGAAGAGGUUCGCGAUGGAGAGACAGCGUGCCCACGAUAAGAAGGACAUGUUCAAUCUGAACGAGGAGGAGGAGCUGACUCAUUACGGCCAGUCGCUGGCUGAAAUGGAGAAAUUCAACGACAUUGUGAAUAGCGAUGAUGAAACAGAGGAGAGGGGUCUUUUAUCAGCUGAGCUUACGGCCUCCCACUUUGGAGGAGGAGGGGGCCUCCUCAGAAGGAGAACAUCAGGAGAGCAGGAGGAGGGGGAAGGAAGCCACAGGGCUAAGUCCAGACAGGAGCUGAUUGAAGAGCUCAUCCAGAAGUCCAAGCAGGAGAAGCGGGAACGUCAGGUGCAGAAAGAGGAGUCACAGGAGCUGACUGAGAAGCUGGAUCAGGAGUGGAAGAGCAUUCAGUCUCUGAUGGUGACAAAGAUACCCAAAGGUGAACGUCCUGAGGAGGAGAAGCCCAAGCUGGAGCAGUAUGACAUGAUGGUCAGAGAGCUGGUCUUCGAGAUGAAGGCUGCGCCCUCGGAGAAGCUGAAAACCCCGGAGGAGCUCGCCAGGGAGGAGAGGGAGAAGCUGCAGAAACUAGAGGCUGACCGUCUGAGGAGGAUGAUGGGAGAUGAAGUUAGGGAGAGUUCACAGAGUCAAAUUCACAUGUCUGCUGAUGACCUCAACGACGGCUUCAUCCUGGAUAAGGACGACCAGAAGACCCUGUCUUAUCAGGACGGAAAAUGGAACAUUGGAGAGGAGUCUGACGGAGAUAAAGAUGAAGAUGAAGAAGAGGGAGAGAGUGGAGAGGAGGAGGAAUCAGAGGCAGAGGAGGAAGAUGGAGAUGGAGAUGAAGAGGAGGAGGAGGGCAGUAGUGAAGAAGAAGAAGAAGAAGAAGAAGAAGAAGAAGAAGAAGAUGGUCACUCUGACCUGGAGUCAGAGCAAGAAAGUGGGGAUGAGGAGGGAAAACAGGAGGAUGAAGAGAGCAGUGCCAAACCGAGUCUGAGUGAAGAGGAGGCGAAGGCCCAGCAGGAGGCAGCUAAAGCAGAGCUCCCAUACACAUUUAUUGCUCCAGAGAGCUACAGCGACCUGAAAGCUUUGCUCCACGGCCACACCCCCGACAACCAGCGCCUCAUCGUGGCCAGGACUCAGAAAAGCAACCACGCUAGUUUGGCUGUAGGCAAUAAGCUCAAACUGCAGAAACUGUUUGGCUUUCUGUUGGAGUACGUCGGAGAACUGGCCAGCAGGAGUCCACCUGAACUCACCACCGUAGAUAAACUCAUACCAGAGCUGUACACUUUGUGUCAGAUGUUUCCGGAAGCCGCCCGUAAGGCGAUGCAGAGCAUCCUCGGAGACGUCGGUCAUAGCACGGAGGAGGCUCUUGAGGUCAAAGGACAUGUUCCUUUCCCAGCACUGGACAUGCUCAUCUACCUGAAGGUGACAGCCCUGCUGUUUCCUACUUCAGACUUCAGACACCCAGUUACCACUCCAGCUCUGCUUUACAUCAGCCAGGCUCUCACUAAGUGUCCGGUGAGGUCGUUACAGGACGUGACGUCAGGUUUAGUGCUGUGCUGUCUGGCGGUGGAGUACGUCUCCUUUUCGAAGCGCUUCCUGCCUGAGCUCAUCAACUUCCUGACCGGAACGCUGCAUCUGGCCGUGCAGGAUAAGACCUCUCUAGGUUACACUGUGGUGCCGCCCUUUAGGCCAUCAGGGAAGUGCAGUGAUCUGCUGGUGUUGUCAGACUUCGAGUCCUGCAGGAGCUGGAGCAAGAAAAGCCUUCCACUGUCUGUGACCCAACACAUGGAACUCAGAAGUGACCUCGACAGAGAUCACCACAGGUUGAUGUGUCUGUCUACUUGCCUGGACCUGGUGAAGCGGUGCUGCCUGCUCUACAAAGACCUCGUGUCCUUCACAUGCAUCUUCCAGCCAAUCAGAACGCUGCUUUCCAAACAUCUCUCAGCCCAAACAUUACCAGAGCUUUUACAGGAGCUUCACAGUGAGAUCCUGGAGACCAUCAGCAGCGCUCCAGUGACUCGCAGUCGGCUGGUUUUAGAGAAGAAGAAGCCGAUUCCUCUGAAGCUGCUCACACCAAAGAUUGUUGAAGUGUUGGACUAUGGAAAGAAACGUGGCAGCACCAGAGAGGAGAGAGAGAAGGAGCGACUGAAGCACAAGUACAAGAAGGAGUUCAAGGGCGCUCUGAGGGAGAUCAGGAAGGACACGCGAUUCCUCGCCAGAGAGAAGCUCAACGAGGUCAUGAACAGAGAUUCAGAGAGAAAGAGGAAAGUGAGGGAGCUCUUUGGCAGCUUGGCCACUCAGGAGGGAGAGUGGAAGGCCCUGAAGAGGAGGAAGAGGAAGUGAAAUACAGAAUCUCAUCGCUUCUCUCCCAUCAUCUGUUCCCUGUCAAAUGGACAUCUCCCCCUCGACUCGUGGUGUGGAUAACAGCCUGAACACGUUUGUGGAACUGGGGUUUUGUACUCUAUGGACUUUUUUUAAUCGCGAGACAAAUUCAACUUGUCUUGUCGCAGCACACAUUUUAUAGCGUUUGACAAAUAGCUGUCACACGAAGUUGUCAAAUAUUAUGAUGUAGGCGUUUGAUGCGACCAUCGGAUACUGUUGUUGGAGGUGUCAGUCAACACAGCAGUAAAUAGUUGGUUUGCAUUCUCUGUUUUUACCACCAGAAUCCAUCACUAUAAUGUGCUUAAAUACAGAAACAAAUAAAUGACCGUAUCUCUCUGUU